AUGGCGGGGCUGGAGCUGCUGUCGGAGCAGGGCUACCGCGUGGACGGGCGGCGCGCCGGCGAGCUCCGGCAGAUCCGCGCCCGCAUGGGCGUCUUCGCGCAGGCCGACGGCUCCGCCUACCUGGAGCAGGGCAACACCAAGGCGCUGGCCGUCGUCUACGGGCCCCACGAGACGCGCGGCUCCCGGGGCAAGGCGCCGCCGGACCAGGCGCUGGUCAACUGCCAGUUCAGCAUGGCCACCUUCAGCACGGGCGAGCGCAAGCGGCGGCCCCACGGCGACCGCAAGUCCAGCGAGAUGACGCUGCACCUGAAGCAGACCUUCGAGGCCGCCAUCCUCACGCAGCUCUUCCCGCGCUCCCAGAUCGACGUCUACGUGCAGAUCUUGCAGGCGGACGGCGGGAACUACUGCGCCUCGGUGAACGCCGCCACCCUCGCGGUGAUCGACGCCGGAAUCCCGCUGCGCGACUACGUCUGCGCCAGCUCCGCGGGCUUCGUGGAGGACAGCCCGCUGGCCGACCUGAACUACAUCGAGGAGGCGGCCGGGGGCCCGCAGCUGGCGCUGGCGCUGCUGCCCAAGGCCGACCAGAUCGCCCUGGUGGAGAUGAACGGCCGGCUGCACGAGGACCACCUGGAGCGCCUCACCGAAGCCGCCAGCAAGGCCUGCCGGGACGUCCACGCCGUGCUGGACCGGGUGGUGCGGGAGCACCUGCGCGAAGGGGCGGCUCUCCCGGGGAACUGAACCCGAGGGGCUCCCUUGGACUGCGGCCCGCGCCGCCGCCUUUACU